CUGCAGUCCCAGCGCGCACCGCUGGGUGGUGCCCUCGGCCAAGGCGGCGCCGAGCGGCUGCGGCAGCGGAGGCGGCCGAGCCCGGAGCGGCGCAGCCCGAGCGAGCUGAGCCCAGCGCAGCCAGACAGACAGACAGGCUCGGCGCAGCGCACACUGACAGACAGACAGGCUCGGCGCAGCGCAGACUGACAGACAGACAGGCUCGGCGCAGCGCACACUGACAGACAGACAGGCUCGGCGCAGCGCAGACUGACUGACAGACAGGCUCGGCGCAGCGCAGACUGACACACAGACAGGCUCAGCCCAUCCCAGGCCAGGUCAGUUUAGAAGAGCUCAGCGCAGCCGGGCGGAGGUGGCAGCGGCUGCGGCAGCGAGCGCUGCCCCGUGUCAGCCGCUGCCGGGACACCCCGGCUGCGUUACGGCCGCCGGCCGGAAGCUCCGACAGCGAGGGAAGGCGCCCGCCCCGCACUUGGCCGCUUUCCGCGGGGAAUCGCCCGGCACACCCGCCACACCGACACCGACCCCGGCCGCCGCCGCCGCCGCCGCCGCGCCAUGGCGCUCGCAAGGCAAGUGCUUUGUCUCUGUGCUUUCGUGUCGCUGCCGCUCGCUCGCGCCGAGCCCAUCCGCUACUCCGUAGCCGAGGAGGCGCCGAGCGGCUCCCUGGUGGGCAAGCUGGCGGAGGACGCGCGGCUGACGCCGGCGCAGCUCUCGGCUCGCCGCGCCCGCCUGCUCUCGGAGGACGGCCGGCAGCAUUUCGCCUUAGAGCGCGCCUCCGGCCGCCUCGUCGUGGCGGGGAGGCUGGACCGCGAGCAGCUGUGCGCCCAGUCCGCCACCUGCAUGCUCCCCUUCGAGCUGCUGCUCGACAACCCCCUGCAGUUCUUUCGGGUCGAGGUGACUCUGCAGGACAUCAAUGAUCAUUCUCCCCUCUUCCCCGAGGAACGAGUCGCUUUUGACAUCACGGAAAAGACUGAUCCUGGUUCACGUUUCCCUCUGGAGGUUGCUCUAGAUCUUGAUAUUGGCAGCAACACAGUCCAGGCGUACAGUAUUACUCCAGAGAACGAGUAUUUCAGUAUCUCCUAUGGAAGCCGGACUGGUGGUGACAAAUAUCUUGAACUUGUUUUAGAAAAGGCACUAGACAGAGAGGAGCAGGCAGAGAUGGUUUUCAGUGUUAUUGCUGUGGAUGGGGGCUCUCCUCCCAGGAGUGGGGCCAUCGAGAUCUCUAUUACCAUUCUAGAUGUAAAUGACAAUGCUCCCAUCUUCACACAAGAUCGUUAUCUUGGGAAGGUUCUGGAGAACAUGCCAGAGGGCUCUGUGGUUCUGACUGUGCUGGCAACUGAUUCAGAUGCAGGAGUUAAUGGGGACAUCUCCUAUCAACUCAGCCAGGCAGUGGGACAGAGUGAUUCAGCAUUUGUGAUUGAUCCCAUUACUGGGGAAAUUAAACUCACAAAACCACUGGACUUCGAGGCAGCACAAAGUCACGAGCUGAUUGUGAGGGCCAGAGAUGGAGGGGGCCUUUCAGCAAUCUGCAAGGUGCUGGUGGAGGUGGUGGAUGUGAAUGACAAUGCCCCGGAGGUGGUGGUCAGCUCGUUCAGCAGUCCCCUCCCCGAGAACACAGAGCCCGGCACGGUGGUUGCCCUGUUUACGGUCAGGGACCGGGAUUCCGGUGCCAACGGGAAGAUCUCGUGUGCCCUGGAGGAUCAGCUCUUCUUCUCGCUGCGGCCAGCCUAUAAGAAUUACUAUGAGCUGGUGACGGUGAGCGCGCUGGACCGCGAGGAGACGCCUCGGUACGUCCUCAGUGUCACGGCAGCGGAUGCGGGCUCGCCUCCUCUCACAAGCACGCAGACCUUCACCGUGGACAUCUCGGAUGUCAAUGACAACGCGCCCGUCUUCAACCAGACCUCCUACACCAUGUACGUGCGUGAGAACAACGUGCCCAUGGCGUUUGUUGGAGCCGUGAGUGCUGCAGACGCCGACGUGGGGCUCAACGCCAAGGUGACCUAUUCCCUGGCACCAGAGGCAGGCGCAGAGCGGCCCUCGUGCUCCUGCAUCUCUGUGAACUCGGAGAAGGGACACGUGUUUGUGCUGCGGCCCCUGGACUACGAGCGCCUGCGGCAGACCGAGGUGACGGUCAGUGCCUCUGACGCGGGCUCUCCUCCGCUCAGAGCCAACGUCACCGUCCGCCUUGUGGUGCUGGACGAGAACGACAACGCCCCGCUGGUGCUCUACCCAGCGCAGGAGAGCGGCCCAGCCUCCAGUGAGCUGGUGCCCGUGUCGGCUGAGGCGGGCUACCUCGUCAGCAAAGUGGUGGCCGUCGACGCCGACUCGGGCCAGAACUCCUGGCUCUUGUACCACCUGCUGAGGGCCACCGAGCCGGGGCUGUUUUCCGUGGGCGCCCAGAGCGGGGAGGUGCGUCUGAGGAGGCCGGUGACGGAGAGGGACAGCGUGAGGCAGCAGCUCGUUGUGCUGGUCAGGGACAACGGCAAGCCCCCGCUGUCGGCCACGGCAGCUCUGAGCGCUCUCCUGCUCAAGGACUUGUCGGACGUGCGCCUGCCGCACAGCAGCCCGGCCAGCGAGGAUCAGGGCGGCUCCCUGACCGCCUAUUUAAUCCUUGCCUUGGUCUUUGUCUCCCUGCUCUUCCUCAUCUCCACCGCAGUCUUGGUGGCUCGCAAGGCGUGCAGGAGCAAGGAGCUGAAGGCUGGCCACGUGCUUUAUGCUGCCGACACCCUGCAGAGCGGCCUGGCCGAUGCAGCCGCUGCAGGGACCCUGCCCCGCGCCUACUGCUACGAGCUCAGCCUCACAACGGGCUCGGGCAACAGCGAGUUCAAAUUCCUCAAGCCCAUCCUGCCCAGCCUGCCCCCGCAGCGCUGCGCCGUGGGCCAGGGCCCGCGUGAGGAGCAGGAUUUCCCCGGUGUCCCUGUCAGCACCGAGGACAUGGCCCCAGACAGUGCUGGGACUCUCUCUGCAGGACAGUUCAACGCUCUUUCCUUCAACUAGCCCAGGGUCUGCACAGACAGAGGCUUCUUGGCUCUUGGGAGGAGGGGAUCCAGGCUGCAGGAAGGGGCAAUGAUUCCUCCAGGGCAAAUG